AUGUACGUAAUGGGAGCGCUUGGUCCUGCAGCUGGAUACUUACUAGGAGGACUUCUUAUUGGUUUCUAUGUUGAUCCUAGGACAACUGUUUAUAUUGACCAGAGUGAUCCCCGAUUCAUUGGAAACUGGUGGAGUGGAUUUCUCCUUUGUGCCAUUGCAAUGCUCCUUGUGAUAUUUCCAAUGUUUACCUUUCCAAAAAAGCUCCCUCCUCGACAUAAAAAAAAGAAAAAGAAAAAGAAGAUGAACUCUGAUGAUGUUUCCAGCGAUGAUGAAGUCAUGAAAGAGAAAACAAAUAGCAAACUACAAGCAGAGAGUACGGUUCCUGCCUCUAUGGGAUUUGGAAAGAAUGUUAAAGAGCUUCCAAGAGCAGCUGUCAGGAUCUUAAGCAACAUGACAUUCCUUUUUGUGAGUUUGUCAUACACAGCUGAGAGUGCCAUUGUCACAGCUUUUAUUACCUUCAUUCCCAAGUUCAUCGAGUCACAGUUUGGCAUCCCAGCUUCCAAUGCCAGCAUCUACACUGGUGUGAUUAUUGUCCCUAGUGCUGGUGUUGGUAUUGUCCUAGGCGGCUACAUUAUAAAAAAACUGAAACUUGGUGCGAGAGAGUCUGCAAAGUUGGCUAUGAUCUGCAGUGGUGUCUCUCUGCUGUGCUUUUCAACUCUUUUCAUUGUUGGAUGUGAAAGCAUUAAUCUAGGGGGAAUAAAUAUACCUUACACGACUGGGAGCGGCGGUGGUGUUUGUAAUCGAAAGAACAGUUCAGGAAACGCUGUUGCUUGGGGCUGGUUUCUGUUAGUGUGCCCGUGCCUGACGGGCGUCCUUGGCAGCUCAGGGGUAGCAGCAAGCGGGGCAGAUGUUUCUCAGACAUCCUGUGUGUCUACAGCAGUGGAUGUGUUGGAACUAAGCCGCUUUUCCCACAGGCCAGCUCACGAGCAGGACUUACUAGCUUCGGUGCGGUUUCCACAAGAGCCUGCUCUUUCUGACCGAUGCAA